UUUAAGAUAUGAACGUGUGGCUUCUUUCUGUUCUAAUUUGCGUGUUACUUUUUGCACUUAGUAUCAAUAGUGCCUUUAGUAUACGCCAAAGAAAAAGGGCGUGGCUUUCUGGAUGGUUUAAAAAGCUUACAACGAGAUGCUUUCAUAAUGGAAUAUAUUACAAUAAGGGAGACACAUUUGAUAAAACGUACGACUGGCAAACUAACACGUGCUCUGCAUUAAGAUGUGGUUUUCUCGGGAACAUUAGAAAUGUGAUAGAAGAUAACUGUAGUCCACCGACCACGCAUACAGCUCCACCAACGACCCCGCCCACUCCUACAACGACCCCGCCUUUCGGCUGCUUCUACAACCACAAAUUCUAUCCACCUGGCACUAAAAUCAGCAGUGGUAAGACUGGAAACUGGUGUUACUUUGUUGAAUGCAACAGUUACGGGGAGGUCAUCCAUGGUGAUGAUUUUAACUGCGGUAAAACAACAAGACCAACGACAAUGCCACCUACAACUAGACCUCCAGGCUGUUACUAUAAUGGGAAAUACUAUCCAUUAGGUACAGAAAUAAGUAGGGGACGUUCGGGCACUUGGUGCUAUUUUACAAGGUGUGACAGGUCCGGGCACGUCAUAUCGGGCGACAAUUUCAACUGCACGAAAAAACCACGCACAACUUCUCCUCCACCAGCAACACAACCAGCAAUUGCCGCUGACAGAUCUCUAGAACUGUUUAAGAAGGAACUAAAGGACUUACUCAGAAAAAUUAACAAACGUAAAUAAUGGGACAAGAUACAUAUACCUCAUACUAUUUACUUGCUUAUAAAUAUGUUUAAUGAAUUAAUUUUACAUUUUUAAAAGGAUUUCUCAUAUAAAAUGCUUCAGCCACAUGACUACUCACGGAUCGAUAUUUCACGACACGUGAAUGUUUACAUCACCUGUUUUUACAAAGUAUGUUUAUAUUCCAUUUUUAAUGCGACUAAUAAAUUAAAAAUAUUCAAUUUGAAUUCAACGUUGAACUCUCCAUUGUUUACAAUAAUAAACAUGAGUUAAUUAUACGCGGUCACUCGCUUGUUAGAUUCGAAAUGUUUCAAGAAUAAUAGCGACACGGGAACACGUAGAUUGAGAAUUUUACAUUACACGCAUGCUUAAACUGGACAUAUUUUGUGAGUAUACUAUAAAUACGCGAUCAAUGUUGUAUUUCAACGGACCUGUAAAAUGAAUGUUUAUACAAUUUUUCGCAAUCAUCGAGAGUGAUACGUGAACCCCUAGCACGUGAUGGUGCUUGACACCAACAGCCAUUUUCAGGGCCACCUAGCCUUUUCAUAUUGUCUCGGUUUCUGCGCAUUUAGGUGCUCAUUGACAGCUGUACAGUGACCUACUUUUUGGCUCAAGAUCCAUAUCAGGUAAUAUUCUGAGGUAAAUUAUAACCAAUUUGUGUUUUAAAAUUAAACAUUGAAGGGCAUGACCGGGGGCUGUACUCGACA